GCCCCGCCCACUGCUGACGCUCGCGCGCCGCCUGGGAGGCCUGCUGGUUAGUGGUUCUGAGGCCCGGUAGCGGCGUCCGGGUCCGCAGGUUGCGGGUUCGAGUCCUCGAGGCCCCGCCGCAGCCCCGGUGUCCGUCCCCGACGCGCGGGAGAGACCGUUGCGGGCGGCGCGACCGCGGCGUUCGCGGCGAAUCUGCCGCUGCGAAUCGGAGGGCUUGGCGGCGGCGGCGGCGGCCUCGCGAGAGUCGGGCGGGCCGACGCGCGGGCGGGCGGACCGGGGCCGGGGCCGGGGCCUGGGCCGGGAGCGGGCGACGAGCCCGCGCGAGAGCCGCCGGCAUGACGGGCCGCGUGUGCCGCGGCUGCGGCGGCACGGACAUCGAGCUUGACGCGGCGCGCGGCGACGCCGUGUGCACCGGCUGCGGCUCGGUGCUCGAGGACAACAUCAUCGUGUCCGAGGUGCAGUUCGUGGAGAACAGCGGCGGCGGCUCGUCGGCCGUGGGCCAGUUCGUGUCUCUGGACGGUGCCGGCAAAACCCCAACCCUGGGCGGCGGCUUCCACGUGAACCUGGGGAAGGAGUCGAGAGCACAGACCCUGCAGAACGGGAGGCGUCAGAUCCAUCACCUGGGGAACCAGCUGCAGCUGAACCAGCACUGCCUGGACACAGCCUUCAACUUCUUCAAGAUGGCCGUGAGCAAGCACCUGACCCGCGGCCGGAAAAUGGCCCACGUGAUCGCGGCCUGCCUCUACCUGGUGUGCCGGACGGAAGGCACCCCGCACAUGCUCCUCGACCUCAGUGAUCUGCUCCAGGUGAACGUUUACGUGCUGGGGAAGACCUUCCUCCUCCUGGCGAGAGAGCUCUGCAUCAACGCGCCAGCAAUAGACCCGUGCCUGUACAUCCCACGCUUUGCCCACCUGCUGGAGUUUGGGGAGAAGAACCACGAGGUGUCCAUGACGGCCCUGAGGCUCCUGCAGAGGAUGAAGAGGGACUGGAUGCACACUGGCCGGCGCCCCUCGGGCCUCUGUGGAGCAGCGCUUCUGGUUGCAGCCAGGAUGCACGAUUUCCGGAGAACCGUCAAAGAGGUCAUCGGCGUGGUCAAGGUGUGCGAGUCCACGUUGCGGAAGAGGCUGACGGAGUUCGAAGACACGCCCACCAGCCAGCUGACCGUGGACGAGUUCAUGAAGAUCGAUCUGGAGGAGGAGUGUGACCCCCCUUCAUACACAGCUGGGCAGCGGAAGCUGCGCCUGAAGCAGGUUCUGGAUGCUUUGUUUCAGCUUGAACAAGUUCUGUCCAAAAAACUGGAGGAAGUUGAAGGUGAGAUAUCCACCUACCAGGACGCGAUUGAGAACGAGCUGGAGAGCAGCCGGCCCAAGGCAAAGGGGGCCCUCGCCAACCUGACCAGAGACGGCUCCGUGGAGGACACCACGUCCAGUGUAUUUGGGGAAGACGAUGCCGAGGACGAGGAGUUGGAAGCCGCUGCCAGCCACCUGAACAAGGACUUUUACCAGGAGAUCCUUGGUAGCGGCUUGUCCAGCAGUUCCGACGGGGCCGGAGACCCCGAGGGGGGCGCCAGGCCCCCUGCCCUGGAGUCCCUGCUUGGCCCCCUGCCCACCGCGGCCAGCCUGGGCAUCUCAGACUCCAUCCGAGAGUGCAUCUCCUCCCAGAGCCAGGACCCCACGGACGCGUGUGGGGACGGCGAGCUGGACCUCAGUGGCAUCGACGACCUGGAGAUCGACAGGUACAUCCUGAACGAGGCGGAAGCCCGCGUGAAGGCCGAGCUGUGGAUGCGGGAGAACGCGGAGUACCUGCGGGAGCAGAGGGAGAAAGAAGCAAGAAUAGCAAAGGAGAAGGAGCUUGGCAUCUACAAGGAGCACAAGCCCAAGAAGUCCUGCAAACGCCGGGAGCCGAUCCAGGCCAGCACGGCCGGGGAGGCCAUCGAGAAGAUGCUGGAGCAGAAGAAAAUCUCCAGCAAGAUCAACUACAGCGUGCUGCGGGACCUCAACAGCAAGGGCGGGGGCGGUCUGCAGGAGGAGGACGCACAGCCCGAGGGGCGGGCCGCCACCCGGAAGCUGUCUCGGAGGAAAACGCCCGCCAGGAGGCACAGGGCCGACCCCCUGACCAGCGUGGGGAAGAGGUUGAGGCCAAUGGUGUCUGCGCAGCCGGCCAAGAAGGCGGCCGCAAGAGAGCCCUUGCCCCUGAGCCCGUCCACCCUGGGAGCCGAGCCCGCCAAGCCCACGGCGGUGCUGGUGGAGAGCGGGCCCGUGUCGUACCACCCCGAGGACGACCCCGAUGAGGACGACCCCGACGAGGACGACGGGGAGCCCUGUGUCAGCGCCCUGCAGAUGAUGGGCAGUGGCGAUUAUGGUUGUGACGGCGAGGAGGACGACGGGUACUGAGCCGUGGCCCUGCAGCCGUGGCGUCUGGCAGUGGGGGCCUCGGUGGGCCCGCCUGCCCCGCAGCCCUCACCGCAGGCACUCAGCACCUCCGUGGCACUGGCUGCCAGGACCACGUCGGGAGCGUCGUCGGGAGCGUUUCUGCCCAGCAGGGGACUGGACCGCUGCCUGUGCGUCUGGUCCGAUGUGUCUUGUCCCGUGGAAGGAAACUGAGGCGCGAGAAGGCCCGCUUUUCGGAGCGAGUGGAGGGCUCCUUGUGGAGCCGGGUGCCUUGGCCCCCACCCCUCCCCGGGGCUGAGAAGCACUGCACCAGCCCCACCCCUGCGGGGCCAGGGCCACUCUGUGCCUGUGGCUGUGUCUUCAGCCAGACCUCGGACUCUGGCCCGCUCCUGGCCCACGACAGGACAGUUGGCUCCAUGGCCCCUGGGUGCACAGCUGCCCUGGGCAGUGCCCGCACAGUCUCUGGUGGCUGCCCAGGGUGUUGGGCUGGCCCUGCUGCAUGGAGCCAGACCCAGGAGCUGGAACUGGAACCGGGAGCCGGCGCUGGAGCCAGGAGCCGGAGCCGGAACCGGAACCGGGAGCCAGAGCCGGAACCGGGAACUGGGAGCCGGAGCCGGGAGCCGGAGCCCAAGCUGGAACCAGGAGCCAGAACCGGAACCAAGAGCCAGAGCCAGAGCUGGAACUGGAGCCAGAGCCGUAGGUGCUCCUUGCUUGACCUGGGAUCUGGCUCAGUGGCCACAGAGGAAUGACAGGCAGAGGGUCUUCAAGCCUGGCCACUCUGCUCUGGAUGGUUCCUGCUGCCCUUGACCACCCCUAAGGACCAGGCCUCGUCGUUGGAAGGCCCAGCGACCACUUUCAGGGUCUCCACUUGGGCGUUGCUGCUCUGGACAUGGCCACGGAGGCAGGGCAGAUGUUUUUGCUGCUCGAGGCCCCAGACCUGGCCACCCUGCCCCCCCCCCCCCCCCGCCCCCGACAGUGGCAGAGUGGGGCCACACUGCCUUCCCAGGGGCCAGCCCUCAGUCUCCAGGGCUGGGCCAGACCCCUCCUGAACGCAGCAGUCUGUAGGUAGGGAACUUUGAGGUCUUGACUGCACGUGUCUGUACCCUGCAGCCAGCCUGGACCCCGGGGCUCCUUAAAAGCCAGAGAGGAGAGUGAGUUUAGCGAAACAGAAAGAUCCGUUACUUAAGCAGAAAUUGGCUGAGGCUAUGGUCUGUGCCUUCACAUCUGGGGCUGUGGCCUGCCUUGGAGGAGUGAGGCCACGGCCAGUGGGGGUGGGAGGAGCAUACAGUGUGCAGGCUGGACUCACGCCUGACCCUGUCGUCAGAUGCACUAUGGGGACGUGGUUCGGGUUCAUUGGCAAUCCCCUUGUGCCCAGCCCCGUAGGAAGUCCCAGAGUCUGCUCCUGGCCCCGGUCUCUCGUGGAGCCACAGGGCAGGGAGAGCUUGGCUGCAGCGGCUCUUAGAGCAGCCCCAGGCUCUGGCUUCCUGGCAGGGCCGGCGGGGUGGGGGGGUUCACCGAGCCACUCGGGGAGCAGAAGGUGGGCUGAGCCUGGCCAUGGAUGACUGGCUCUGGGGACUUCCAGGUGGAGGUGUGGCUGUGGCCACGGAGGUGACAGAACCAUCCUCUGGCAGACGGGGCUGCCUCCCCAGCAGGGCGAGCAAGGCAGGCUUCGGGACGGGGCUCUGGCAGGACACAUCCCUAAGGGGCUGGACAGAGGAGGUUCCCACGGAGGAAGAGUCCUCUGUCCCAGUGGGGAUGGGGUUUCUGUGGGGGUGUGCAGAGGGCUGGGGUCCUCGGAGAGGAUGUGGUGAGGAGAACAGUGAGGCCCGGGCCGUGACCGAGGUGCCAUGACCUGGGGCUGGCAGCCAGCAGCCCUGUGCUCUGUGUCCAGGUCGCCACUGCCACCGGCGUGGGCUUGCAGGGGACACACAGGCCCGUGUGCCCCUCUGCCCCAUACCUUGGCGCCCCUCGUCCAACACUGAGGAUGCCCUACGUCUGGUCACCGGGUGUGGCUCUCUUCAGGGGGCCGUGAGGGGGCUGUCCCUGGCAGGUGCGGGCUGCAGCUAAUGGGACAGGGCACCAACAUCACCUUGCCUGCCCCCCCAACCUGGGUCCCUGCGGGCUGGGCCGCAGGAAUCUGCACCCAGAAAGCUUGGGAGGCCUAGGUGCCCCGGCCAGGGAGGGGCAGGGACCUCACUCCGUCUGAGGGUCAGGGUCACUGAGGUGCUGAGAGCCAGUGGGCGGUCAGACCCAGGCUGGGAUCAAGCCCCAAGGGGGUGUGUCUGGCAGUGGGCCUGCCUGGGGUGCCACCCCUGCCCCCUGCACUACAGACAGGUAGGUGCCGGUUCUGCCCUAAUCUUGGCCGAGACCAGAGAGGCACGGGAGCCUACGUCACUUCCCAGGUCACCCAGCGUGGAGGUGGCCUCCCUGGGACCCAUCCUGACGGCCGCCCCCUUCCCGGGUGCUGGGGCCUGGCCAUACCCGCUCUCGGAUGCCUGCCCCCGGGGCCUGGCCAGUGACAGCAGGCAUCCCGAGAAGAACGCAGGGCUCCCCGCUGGCUCCCUGCGGUGCCGGGGGUCCCUAGGGGGCAGGCGGGCCGCCGUGAGCAUGUGUGCACCCGUGGGCACACAGACGGGUUCUGGGCAGCCUGGCGGUGCGCGCUUGUCCUCUGACCCUGCAGAGCUGGGCGGCCUGCCGGUGGGGCCAGGGUCCUCGUGGGGCGCAGGAGGCAGCAAGCAGGCGUGUCUGGCAGGCUCCAGGUGGGAGCGCUGUGCCCGUUGGCUCCCGGCCCCCUGAGCCCAGCUCCCCCUGGCCAGCACGUGCAGCGCGGCCGGACGGGGCACCGCGCGCGAGCAUACGCACGGGUACAGGCCCGGCCCCACGCAGGCGGGCACGUGCACAUGCAGGUCUGUCGGGGGCCAGGCCAGGGCGGGCAGGCGGGCCCGAUGCUGGCUGAGGUCAGACGGCCGUGGGCCUGCUGCUCUCGCUGGUGCUUCCCACGGGGCACCUCCCCGGUCUCCAGGGAGGGCGGGGGACGGCCGAGACCUGGGUGUGUGGGGCACCUGCUUGUGCCCCGCCACACCCUGUGCUGUGUGACCUGGCGCCAGUCCGUCCCUGAGCGGGAGUCAGAACUACAGGGUACCUUCUAGAUGGCCGCAGGGAGGUGGGCGGGCCACAGCCCCUCCCAGGCAUGGGGGGACAGGUCUGUGACUCCCUUCCCCACCCGGGGCUCUCCGGCAGGGCGGCCUCUCGGGACUGCCAGCUAGAUCAUUCCCAGGCAUCCUGGGCAGACAGCGAGAGCCCCGAGGGCAGAGAGGCAGGCAAGGAGGGAGGUUGGCCUGAUGGGAGAGCCCUCUGCGUCUGUCUCUCAAGGGCUGUCCCCAGAGCAUGACAUCGGUGCAUUUCCUCCAAAACGCUGUGCUCAGCCCCACCCUCCCGCACCUGCCCUGCUGGCCACCGUCACCAGUGAUUUGGGGCUCACACCAGCCUGCGUGUCCUCAGGCCUCGUGUGCCCUAGGCUCACACACCCCGCCUCCCCGCUGCUCCCGCCGGGUGCCUCCUGCAGCCCCAAGUGGUUCUGGACUGGUCAGGCCCCUAAGUGGGCAGAAGUGCCGAUGGCCCGAGGGCAGCGUGGGUCUCUGGAGGAGGGGCUGGGCAGCCCCCAGGGUGUCCUGCUGGGUGCCGUCGCCCUCCGUCCCGCCCUCCCUGGACCGGGCCUGGAUGGCAGCAACCUCUGCCGCCUCCGCCCUCCAGCAUCCUGCCCUCCCACCCCUCUGUCCACCUCUGGGCGGCUGCAGCACCGAGCGGGGGGUGUCCCCCGUGGUGCCUUCCAGGCAGGGUCCGGGGCUGCUUCCUGGGGAGGGGCUGACCGGUGAGAGGCUGGGGGGGUGGGGGGAGAGGCUCUUGUCACUGGCCUGGGUCUGGGCUGCCUGCCCCUGCCCCCACCAGGCCGCAGGUGUUCCAGUGGGGCAAACUCAGGGACUUGAACUGCAGGCCACACACACAGCCACCAGGGAGAUGAGGUCCUUCGGGCUGACCGCGUCACUGUCCUCAGCCCUGCCCUGCUCCCUGGCCGCUCGCCCCCUCGGGCGCCCAGGCCCAGCCUUGCCUGGCUCCACAGGCAGGUUCAGCUGAGGCCCCCGCUCCCCCUGCAGCCCAGAAAUGCUACAUUCCCCGAAUAAUAAAGACUAGGAGACUUGAA